AUGCAGAACCAAGUGCAGAAUCUCCCCAAAGGAGCCAAGCAUCGCUUGACACAGUCGAAGCAGCCAGCAGAGCCACGGAUCCGGCACUUCGCCGGUCCUCGCGUUUGCAGUCAGGCUGUUGCAAGGAUGGCUUCCCUGCUCAGCCCGGCCGAUAUCAAGAAGGUGAUGGCAACCUUCGCAGGCAACACCAGCCAGGGGUUGCCACAUAUUCAUCUGUCUGGGCAGCAUGAGGUUAAUCAAGGGCUCGAGGAACUCAUUCCCUUCUCCAAAGCACCAGACUCUUUUAACCAUGCUCAGUUCUUUGUGCUGGCGGGCUUGAAAAACCAGAACAUUGAAAAACUGAAGGAUAUUUUCCACCUCCUGGACAGAAAUCAGACUGGCUUUAUUGAGAAGAAUGAACUAAGUUUCAUGAUGAGGAUCUUUUCCCCAGAAGGCAGGCUCCUGACUGAUGCAGAAACUAAUAGAAUGAUGGCUGCUGGAGAUAAAGAUCAAGAUGGCAAACUCGGGGUUGAUGAAUUCAUAGCCAUGGUGACCGAAUCGUAA